AUGGCCAGUCAUCGGCUAAAUCCAAAGACCGAUCUAUUCAAAGAUAUGCUGAAUGAAACCCACGAGGUCAAUGCUACCUCGCAGGAAGAAAUUUGGCAGUUAUUCUUUGAUGGUGCAUCUCGCAUAGGUACAAGCGGAUCUAUCGUCGUGGGAGUGGGGGUAGUCUUGGUUUUUGCUCAAAACCACAUAUUACCUCAAGCUUUCUCUUUAACGGAGCUAUGUUCUAAUAACUUGGCCGAGUAUAAUGCCCUGCUCAUUGGAAUUGACUUGUCUAAAGAAUUAGAGAUCAAGCAUCUCUCAGCUUACAAUGACUCUCAGCUCAUCGUCAAGCAAAUGAUAGGGGAAUACGAAGUUAGAAAUGAUGACAUAAUCCCAUGUCAUAAAGCGGCUAUCAAACUAGCCGGAUUAUUUGAAACAUUUUGCAUUGAGCACGUGCUUCACUCUAAGAACACGUAUGUAGAUGCAUUAGCAUCAUUAGUGGCCAACCUGGCUCAACCACUGGGAGCAAGUCAAUGCAUCACCAUCGCAAGCCGACAACUCUUUCGACCGAAGGAUGUUCUGGAAGUAAAUGUAGCUCACCAGAGCACAGGUCAACUCGAACCAAGAGAUUGGCAUUUCUUGAUCAUCGACUAUGUCUUAUACGGCAUACUCCCUGAAGACAUUAAAGAAUGA